GGUGGAGGCGGGUAUACUGGAAUUCCGCGCAUGCCCAUACUCUGGCAUUUAAAAGGAGCCUUUGGUGUUUUACAGUAAACGCUGUAUGGAUCUCAAGAUUUCGAAUAGGAUUAAGCUGAAUGGGCUUGUUAUGGAACAUCUGUCUUUGUAUAGCACGUCAUCCACUAUGCUUCCGCGUAACAAGACCUUGCUGACUAAACAGUAGUGGGGUAGCUACAGAAGAUUAAUUGCAGAACUACUCUCAAGUGCGGUUUGACAGGAUACUUUAGUGUAAUAGGUUUUACUCUUCACUCGAUAGCAUCAGCGCACCGUGUUUUAUCUUCUUUAUUGAGGCAAAUCGGGCGAUGGAGAGAGGUGAAUGGAACGAGGAUGAAGGCUCGUCCCACCAAAACAAAUUGUCUAAACAAUUUCAAGCUAAAACCAAGCUUAAUCUCAGCCUUAAUCUUGGCUCAAGAGAGACAGGAGAGAAAAGGGAGAGGGGGAUGUGGAUGUUCAAGAGAAAGAAAAAGAGGCAACAUGUUUUGGACAGAGUGAUCUCCUUGUCUCAACCUGACCUGCUCUGCUCCGCUCCUGUGGAUCUUGACAGAGAGGAGUCGCCCCUCUGCGGCAAAGUGAACCCCAGCUCCGGCUACAGCCGCAACAAUAGUCAAGCAGGCGCCGAAAGAAUGCAGUCCGACGCAAAGACACCCAUCAGCUGCAUGGAGAGUAAGACGCCCACGGUGGCUUAUCUGGUACAGUCACACCAUAAGAGCUCCUCUCUUGGUUCGGCGUGUUUGGAGCGGCUGAGCGAUGAACCGGCCACCGGGAACCAGGCUGUAGCACUGGAAGAAGAUGAUCAGCUGCAGGGAAUGAGUGCCCAUGGCGCCUCGGCGGUUAACUCCCAGCGAGCCCUCCCCACCUCGACCCUGUACAAGCUGGACAUCGACCUGAAGAGGGGGAACAACCUGGCCAUCAGGGACCGAGGAGGGACCAGUGAUCCGUAUGUCAAGUUCAAGUUGUGCGGUAAAGAGGUGUUCCGCAGCAGAAUCAUCCACAAGAACCUCAACCCAGUGUGGGAAGAAAGCACCACUCUGUUCGUGGACAACCUGCAUGAGUCUCUAUACGUCAAGGUGUUUGACUACGACUUUGGCUUCCAAGAUGACUUCAUCGGCUCAGCGUACCUCUACAUGGAGUCGCUGGAACACCACAGGACCCAGCCAGUGAUCCUGACCCUGACCGACCCUCAUCACCCUGACCAGGACCUGGGCACUCUGGAGCUGUACGUCACCCUCACCCCUAAAGACAGCCCCCUGGAGGAGCACAAAGAUGCCACGAAGAAAGACAGUAAGACCCAUCGAUGGAAGCCUUAUGUGAACAAAACCAUGCUGCUCAGGAGAUCGUGGAAGCGCUCGAACAAGCGGCAGGAGACCCAGCGGCUGUCAGAGGUCCAUCGGAAGGCCCAGCUGUGGCGAGGCAUCGUCAGCAUCUCGCUCAUCGAGGGUCGCGACCUGGUCCCCAUGGACCCCAACGGCCUCAGCGACCCCUACGCCAAGUUUCGCCUGGGGCCCCAGAAGUACAAGAGCAAGACCAUGCCGAAGACCCUGAGCCCCCAGUGGAGGGAGCAGUUUGACCUCCACAUGUAUGAGGAGACAGGAGGAGUGCUGGACAUCUCCAUCUGGGACAAGGACACGGGCCGGAGGGACGACUUCAUCGGACGCUGCAAGCUGGACCUUUCCACCCUGGUGAAGGAGCAGACCCAGCGUCUAGAGUUGGAGUUGGAGGAGUGUCGAGGUGUGGUGGUGCUCCUGGUCACUCUGACGGCGUCCUCUCACGUCUCCAUAGCGGACCUGUCCUUCACCCCCCUGGACGACCCCCAGGAACGCCAGCUGAUCGCCAGGCGAUACGGAGUGCUGCGUUCCUUCUCCAACCUGAGAGAUGUGGGGAUAGUACAGGUCAAGGUGAUGAAAGCUGAGGGACUGAUGGCUGCGGAUGUCACAGGGAAGAGCGACCCCUUCUGCGUCCUCGAGCUGAACAAUGACAGACUGCAGACGCACACCGUCUACAAGAGUCUCAACCCCGAGUGGAACAAAGUCUUCACCUUCAAUGUGAAAGACAUCCACUCUGUUCUCGAGGUCACCGUGUUUGACGAAGACCGGGACAGAAGCGCAGACUUCCUGGGCAAAGUGGCCAUCCCCUUAUUACAGUUCCAGGAUGGGGAACAGAAGGGCUACGUUCUCAAGAACAAGAAACUGACCGGACCGACCAAGGGGGUCAUCUACCUGGAGGCGGAAGUCAUAUACAACUCUGUAAAGGCUGGUUUGAGGACGUUGGUUCCUGCUGAGCAGAAGUACAUCGAGGAAGAAUCGAAGCUCUCCAAACAUUUGUUCCAGCAGAACUUCAACCGCGUGAAGCGCUGCGCCAUGGUGCUCAUCAACGCGGGGACGUAUGUCAACAGCUGCUUCGAAUGGGAGUCUUCACAGCGGAGUAUUUGCGCCUUCCUGCUGUUUGUGGUGGUGGUGUGGAACUUCGAGCUGUACAUGCUCCCGCUGGCCCUGCUGUUGAUACUGGCCUGGAACUACUGCUUCACCACCAGCAGGGGGACUGAAGACAUGGCCGCGGACGCCAUGUUUGAAUGGGAGGAGGAAGAGGAGGAGAGGGAUGACAAGGACUUUGAGCGUAAAGGCUUCAUGGGUAAGCUGUACGCCAUCCAGGAUGUGUGCAUCACUGUGCAGAGCGGUCUGGACGAAGUGGCUUCCUACGGAGAGAGGAUUAAGAAUGUAUUUAACUGGACAGUGCCUUUCCUGAGUUGCUUAGCCAUCUCUUCUCUGUGCGUGGCUACCUUUCUCCUCUACCUUGUCCCGCUACGAUACUUGGUACUCACCUGGGGUGUGAAUAAGUUCACCAAGAAGCUGCGCGACCCAUACAUGAUCGACAACAAUGAGCUGCUGGACUUCCUAUCCAGAGUGCCCUCAGAUGUUCAAGUGGUGCAGUAUCGACAACUCAAGGCUGAACCUGGACAGAGCCCUAACAAACGCAAGAGAACCAACCCUGGCUAGUCCCAUACACACUUGCACAAAUACAUACAAGGGACAUUGUAUUUUAUAUUUCGAAAAGACAGCAUAUUUAGCACACCCGUUGCUUAUAAAUACCCUUCAACUGUAAAAAUUGUACAAAUGUUUUAUUUUUUAUUUUUUAAGUGAUUUUAAUGUUAAAAUAUGAUGACUGGGAACAGUCACUUUAGUUUACUUGAAAGUAGCUUUUCCUCAAAGGAAAACUCACACAGGAAUAUUUUCGCUUUACUCACAACUGAAUUUUACAUGAAACAAGUCAAAUCUUUGGUGGAUUUGAAGUACUGGCUUCUGGAUGGAUCAACACCGGCCUGACAGAGGCCCUUCCAGACUGCAGGCGCCCUCCCAGCCUCCAAGGAGUCUUCCCAGAAUCCCCCAGGGCCUAUAUCUAUGGACUCAACUGUGACCAUGAGUCUCAGUAUCGAAUGUUAUUGAUGUUUGCUUGCUACAUAUGUAUUUAUGUCCUGUAUAAGAAAGAGCAUGUACUGUAUGUACCGUGUAUGUUGCCUGAAUCUCUGCAAGUUGUCGGACAGUUUUUAAUGCAUUGAGCUUUUUACAGCUGUUCUCAAUCAAAACC